CUCGUUCGUCACUACCAAAAAUUUUAUUCUCCCCCUUCCCACCACCAACACACUCCAAUCCUCUUACGUUCCUCCAUUUUUUCAAUUUUUAUCCUAAAAAAAAAAAAACAAAAGGCGGGGAGAGGAAGCCAGGCCAGGCUGCCAGCCCACGCGACGGCAAGGAGGCGAGAAAAAGGAAGAACAGAGUCGCGAUUCGCGGACCCUAGACCAACAGAAGAAGCUCUGUGUCUCGAGGAAAGCAAAAGACGCAUUAGUCCUCAUUUUCAUCUUUUCGCCAUUUUCAAACUUCCUUUCUUCUUUCUCUCGUUGGUUGAGCUGCCUCUCUGCCACCGCAUCGCUCACUCGCUGUUCCCUCUCUCUGUCUGCGUGCCUUUUCCUGGCCUCGGCUCUCUCAGGUACGGUCUCUCUCCAUUGGUUUUCUCGCAUUCUCUCGUUCUCCGCGUCGUUUGAUCUCUUAGCUGGUUUCUUGUUUGGAUGGCGAGAAAGUUCGUUCGAGGAGAAUGAGAGGCGAUUGCGAGGCUUUCCGAAUGCUUUCGCUGUACGGUGAAUCGUUUGGUUUUUUUUUUCAUUCCGUCUAGCUCCGGUUUGCCGCGUCGGAGAUCUGAGAUUUGAAGAAUUCGAUUUCUCGCUCCUAUUUCUUUCCUCCGGUUUCUCGGUACCAAACGCGCAGCUCAUGCUGUCAUGCAUCCAGUCGCCGCCUCUCACGUUCUGGUUGUGAUUAAUUGCCGUGAACCUCCUCGCAUGUCUCGUUUUUUGGCUGUUCUGUUCUCUUUGCUGACUUUUUUCCAGAGUAUUUAUUACUUUUUUUUUUUUGGUUUCGGUCGUCGUCUUUCCUCCGGAUGGCAAAUGCGGUGCGGAGUGAUAGAUCUGAGCUGUGCUUCUCCGCCGCCUGGAUUAUUCAAUUGGAAAUGGCCGGGCGGCGGUGCUGUAUUGGCCGGAUGGGUUAUCCUCGUAUUUGCCUCCUUCAUUUAGAAUUUUUUCUCGUCUCUAGCUGUUUUUGGCGAAUCUUCUGAUGGAAGAUGAAAUUUGUUGCUCUGAUUCCGGGCAACCGGAAAGCAUAGAAGGUGGAAGAAAAACGUUUCGGUCAAUUCUCCUAGAGUAAAACCUGUCAUGAUUUAUGGUUGCCUGUUUUUUGGAGGCGGCUUGGCUUCAGCUAGAAGUAACCAAACUAGCUCUGUUCUUUUGCCCAGCUCAUUUCUUCAAUAGAUAUAGAUGUCAGAAUUCAUAAACCACUGGAGAUUCUAAACUCCUCACCCUCACGUUUUGCAGAAACUUGUUGCUGUUAGGAGUGGUUUGCUUGCUUCUCUGAAUUGGGAUUGAGCUCGGUGUCGAGCAACUGCUGAUUGGUUCUGAUCCUGGGAUAUCGCCAUGGUUGCUUCUGCUGCAGCUGCUGCUUCUUCUUUGUUUCCGGUUCCUUCUCCAUCUGGGGAUGCCAAGUCCGACAAGCUCGGGCGUGGGUCAGCCAGUUUGGCUGGGAUUAAAUCAAAAUCUGCUAGUUCCGGGGCAUUGCAAGUGAAGGCAAAUGCCCAUGCUCCUCCCAAGAUCAAUGGAACCUCAGUAGGUUAUGCAACACCUGCUGAAGUGGUGAAGCACGAGGUUGAGGGUCCUUCACAACCACCACCAAGGACUUUUAUCAACACGUUGCCUGAUUGGAGUGUGCUCCUUGCUGCUAUCACAACCAUCUUUUUGGCUGCUGAGAAGCAAUGGACGAUGCUUGAUUGGAAGACCAAGCGGCCUGAUAUGCUCAUCGACCCGUUUGGUCUAGGCAGAAUUGUUCAGGACGGGUUCGUGUUCAGGCAGAAUUUCUCUAUUAGGUCCUAUGAGAUUGGGGCAGAUCGUUCGGCCUCUAUAGAAACGCUAAUGAAUCAUUUACAGGAAACAGCUCUCAACCAUGUAAAAACUGCUGGUUUACUUGGUGAUGGAUUUGGUUCUACCCCCGAGAUGAGUAAACGGAACCUAAUAUGGGUUGUCACCCGGAUGCAAGUUCUGGUAGAUCGCUAUCCUACAUGGGGUGAUGUGGUUCAGGUGGACACGUGGGUAACUGGGUCAGGUAAAAACGGCAUGCGUCGUGAUUGGCUUAUUCGCGACUGUAGAACUGGUGAAACCCUGACGAGAGCGUCCAGUGUCUGGGUGAUGAUGAAUAAACUGACACGGAGACUGUCCAAGAUUCCUGAAGAGGUUCGAUCGGAGAUAGAACCCUACUUUCUCAACUCCGACCCUGUUGUCCCUGAAGACAGCAGGAAACUGCUAAAACUCGACGACGACUCCGCGGAUCACAUCCGCGAAGGAUUAACUCCUAGGUGGAAUGACCUGGAUGUCAAUCAGCAUGUCAACAAUGUGAAGUACAUCAAUUGGAUACUUGAGAGUGCUCCACUGGCAAUUCUGGAGAGCCACGAGCUCUCGUCCAUGACUCUGGAGUACCGGAGGGAGUGCGGGAAGGACAGCGUCCUUCAGUCCCUCACAGCCGUCUCCGGCAACGGGAUAGGCACCAUGGGGAGUGCCGGUGGCAUCGAGUGCCGGCACUUGCUCCGACUGGAGGAAGGCGCUGAGAUUGUGAGGGGAAGGACCGAGUGGAGGCCAAAAAACAGCAACAACUUCGGCGGUGGCUUUCCAGGCCAGAUUUCUGCCGGAAACGCCUAGAAAGAGAGGGAGAGAGAUAUCUCCUCAUCUCAUUCAGGCCGAUAGGUUCGAUCAUUGCCGGCGUGACACGUGGCACCUUCCGCCACCUGCCACCUAGCACCACCAGCUGUAGAAUCCCCUCUUCUUCCCUCCUCCCUCCACUCUUCGAGUCAGUCAAAUAUGUUUCAUUUUCAUCCCUUCUUUCCCUCUCUCUCUAUUUAUAACUUAUAUAUAUAUAUUCGUUUGGGUUAAAAAAGUGAAAAGUAAAAAGAAAAAAAUUUACUAGAGCCCCACUGUAAUUAAAAAGCUCUCUUGUGGCGCGAAACUCAGUUUUUUGUCCGGUGAAGUUGGUUCUCUAUGAAAGGGUGGUGUACUGCUGCUCUCUCUGCUUCAGGAGGAAUUGGGUAGAAGAUUGCAAAACGACACCGCUUCGUGUUUCUCUCUAGUCGUGGAACACGUGUAUAUUUUCGUGUCUGUUUCUUUUUCUGUUUUUUUUUUGUCUCCUAAUUUCUUUCGUCCUUAUUAUUAUUUUUUAAUUCCAUUAUAUUAUUAAUUAAUUAAUUUGUUUCGGAAAUGGUUGUUCUGGAUAAGAAAUGAAAGGACAGGAACAAUUUGUAGCUCAAUCACAGGCUGUUAGAAGGGUCUAGCUCUUGUGUAUUUCUUUGUUUUUGGCCGAAUUUGAUUGUCGCUUUCUAUAAUAGUUGGUUGGUUGUUUGAUUUCCUUUUCCCUUAUGCGGUGGGUUAUAUUUAUACAUGAUCCAGCUCAUAGCUAACAUGAUGAGCUAAAACUAGUAUUGCAUUUUUCUGGGGGAGGUUUCCAGUCCAUGUGAGAGCAAUAAUGCUGGAUUGUAAUG